GCUCGCGCCGGCGGGAGGACUCGGCGGUCGCCUGUCACCUGGGGCGGCUCUCGCUCCUCCCCCUGAGCUUCCCAUUGGUUGGAGAGGCCGCACGUAAGGAGCACGAGGAGGGGGAGGAGCCUUGGGGUUGUUUUUUUGCUCAGCAGGCCGACCCCACCAUGCGGUGGUGGCCGCAGGCGCUGGGGUUGGCUGUGCUGCACCCUAGUAGGUAGGGGCUGCCGUUCGUCGCUGCCGGCCAGCCGGCAGGGGCCCCACCUUCUGCCUCUUCUUCACGUGGCGGGAACUGUCGGCCGCGGGAACCGCCUGGGUUCCUCUGGAUAGUAUAGAUCAUCAGUAGAAAAACUUCCUGAAAGAAGAAAUUGUUCAAGAGAGAUUUGAAGGUAGCAAAACGGAAGAGGAAGAAUUGACAACAGAUGCAGAGGAUAGCAUGGAAAUUUUACUUCAUUCAUUUGUUUAACAAAUUUAUUCAGCAAAACUUUGUUGAACACCUGCUCUUGCUAGAUAUUACCCUAGGCAACAGAACCGCAACACUGAAAAAAACAGACAAAAACCUUCUGCCCAUGUACAACUACAGCUGAUGAUGUCUUCCAGUUUCAAUUUAUUUAGAGUGGGCAUCUCUUUUGUCAUGAUGUGCAUUUUUUGUAAGUCAGCAGUAGGCUCUCUAUCAGAACUGAGUCCUCAGAAAUAUUUCAGUACAUUACAACCAGGAAAAGCCUCCUUAGCUUAUUUUUGUCAAGCUGAUUCUCCAAGAAACUCUGUAUUUCUUGAACAACUGAAUGAGGCUGUUAAACCUCUCCAGGACUAUGGAAUUUCAGUUGCAAAGGUUAAUUGUGUCAAAGAAGAAUCAUCAAGAUACUGUGGAAAAGAGAAGGAUUUGAUGAAAGCAUAUUUAUUCAGGGGCAACAUCUUACUUAGAGAAUUCCCUCCUGAUACUCUGUUUGAUGUGAAUGCCAUCGUUGCUCAUGUUCUCUUUGCUCUUCUUUUUAAUGAAGUAAAAUAUAUUUCUACUCUGGAAGACCUUCAGAACAUAGAAAGUGCUCUGAAAGGAAAAGCCAGCAUUGCAUUCUCCUACGUAAGAGCCAUUGGAACACCAGAACACAGAGCGGUCAUGGAAGCUGCUUUUGUAUAUGGGACUACAUACCAGUUUAUUUUAACCACAGAAACUGCCCUUUUGGAAAGUAUUGGCACUGAGGAUAUUGAAAAUGCACAUCUCUACUUUUUUCAUUGUAAACAAGUCUUGGAUUUGACUGAGCAAUGUAGAAGAACACUGAUGGAACCACCACUGACUACAUUGAAUAUACAUAGAUUUAUUAAGACAAUGGAAGCUCCUCUUCUGACCGAAGUUGCUGAAGACCCUCAACAGGUUUCAACUGUUCAUCUCCAACUAGGAUUACCACUGGUUUUUAUUGUUAGUCAGCAAGCGACAUAUGAAGCUGAUAGAAGGACUGCAGAAUGGGUUGCUUGGCGACUUCUGGGGAAAGCAGGAGUUCUACUCUUGUUAAGGGACUCUUCGGAAGUGGACAUUCCUCAGCAUGCUAAUGUGGUCUUCAGAAGAGCAGAAGAGGGAGUGCCAGUGGAAUUUUUGGUCUUACAUGAUGUUGAUUUAAUAAUAUCCCGUGUGGAAAGUAAUAUGCACAUUGAAGAAAUACAAGAAGAUGAAGAUGAGAACAUGGCAAGUCCAGAUAUGGAUAUUCAAGAUGAUGAAGUGGCAGAAACUGUUUACAGAGAUAGGAAGAGACGGUUGCCUUUGGAACUCACGGUGGAACUGACAGAAGAGACUUUUAACACGACAGUAGUGGCUUCUGAUAGCAUAGUGCUUUUCUAUGCUGGUUGGCAAGCAGUAUCCAUGGCAUUUCUGCAGUCCUAUAUCGAUUUGGCAAUUAAAUUAAAAGGCACAUCCACUAUGCUGCUUGCUAGAGUGAACUGUGCAGAUUGGUCUGAUUUAUGUACUAAGCAAAAUGUCACUGAAUUUCCUGUUGUGAAGAUGUAUAAGGAAGGCGAGACCCCAGUGUCUUACACUGGAAUGUUAGGAACCGAAGAUCUCCUAAAAUUUAUCCAGCUCAACAGGAUUUCAUGCCCAGUGAACAUAACAUCGGUCCAAGAAGCAGAAGAGUAUUUAAAUGGGGAAUUACAUAAAGACCUGAUCUCCUACUCUAGUGUGUCAGUGCUGGGACUGUUUAGCCCAAACAUGACAACAGUGAAAGAAGAUUUCACUGAAGCAGGAAACUGCCUAAAAGGAUAUGUUAUCACUGGAAUUUAUUCUGAAGAAGAUGUUUUAAUACUGUCAAAUAAAUAUGCUGCAACCCUUCCAGCCCUGCUGCUGGCCAGACACAAAGAAGGCAAAAUAGAGAGCAUUCCAUUAGCUAACUCCCCUGCACAAGACAUAGUUCAAAUAAUAACAAAUGCAUUACUGGAAACAUUUCCAGAGAUCACUGUGGAAAAUCUUCCUAUUUAUUUAAGACUUCAGAAACCAUUACUUAUUUUAUUCAGUGAGGGCAGCAUAAAUCCUCAGUAUAAAAAAACAAUGUUGAUGCUGGCAAAAGAUAAACACUUGGAUUCACUUACCCCCUGCUGGUUAAAUCUAAAGAAUACUCCUGCAGGACGAGGAAUCUUACAGGCAUAUUUUGACGCUCUGCCUCCCCUUCCUCUUAUUGUUGUGGUCAAUCUGCAUUCAGGUGGCCAAGUAUUUGCAUUUCCAUCAGACCAGGCCAUCAAGGAACAAAACCUUUUAUUGUGGCUGAAGAAACUAGAAGCAGGACUUGAGAGUCAUAUCACAGUUUUACCUGCUCAGGAAUGGAAACCUCCUCUUCCUGCUUAUGAUUUUCUAAGUAUGAUGGAUGCUGCAGCAUCUCACCAUCCCACAAGGAAAGAUCCUGAGUGUACAAAAGAAACAGAUGCAUCGGAGAAGGACAAAAAACAGGAAGACAAAUCAGCAAUCAGAAAAGAACCAAUUGAAACACUGAGAAUAAAGCAUUGGAAUAGAAGUAAUUGGUUUAAAGAAGGAGGAAAAUCAUUUACGCAUGAUAAUAAAGAGUUAUGAGCUGGUUUCCUAGG